AUGUUAGAUGAAAUUCAUAGACAAGAACGUGAAGAGAUGGAAAAGAAACUUCAAGCAAAAGAUGAAGUCAUUGAAGCAAAAGACAAAAGCAUUCAGAAAAGAAUACCACGUUCGGUACCAAAAGGAAAGGAAAAGAACUAUAAGUAUAUGAUUUAUACUGAAGAGAUGGAAAAUGAAGAAGAUAAAGAUAUGGUUAUGUUGCAUUUAGUCAGAAGAAACAACAAAAGCUUUUACGACCUUGCUAAGAUUUACAAAUCUGACAGAAAUUGGUUCUAUCGCGAAAACUUACCGAUUUCAAUGACACCGAAUGAAGAUGUGAAACAAAUAGUUCAAGAUACGUUACCUCAAACACACUAUGAUAUGAAAGGUUGUACAAUACUUACCUUCAAAGAAGAUUUGCCAUUGUUAAAGGAAAAAAUAACAGAGUAUUUUGACAACUUCAAACAAGUAGGGUAG